CACUCUUUCAGACUUAAGGCUCAUUGGCUGAACAAAGAGGACUGGCUCCCUGGCGACGGGACUCAAGAAGGUCAGCCCUACAGACGGUGCUGGGCUUUCUUGCUGUGGAGUCGCGUCCCCAGAUGUUGCAUAGGGUCCCUUAGGUCAGGAGUGGAAAUUGGCGCCUGUGGGGUUAGCCUUAGGCGGAGGUAGGGGCCGGAUGGGCGAGGUCCGCCUUCCUCGCUCCCGCGCGCCCAGCUUCCGAGGGCUGAACCCGCGUUAGGCGGACGGUGUCGCGAGCCUGACGUCAUCGCGAGGCGCCGCGCGCGGCCGCAGGUAGCCUUGACCUUUCCGCGUGGGAGUCCGCGCCGCAAUGUUGCUGCUUAUCCGCGCCGUGGCGCGGACCUGUCUCCGGCCCACGGGCUGCCGGGGCCUGAACGCGCUGGGGGAAGAGGCACUGCGGCCGGAGAAGCCGCAGCCUGCGGCGAGCCCAGGUCCCCAGGUGCCGGUGCUGCGCAAGUGCGAACUCCCGGUACCCGCACACCGGCGUCCAGUGCAGGCUUGGGUGGAGUCCCUGCGGGGCUACGAGCAGGAGCGCGAGGGCUUGGCGGAGCUGCACCCGGACGUAUUCUCCGCGGCGCCCAGGCUGGAUACUGUGCACCAGGUUGCCAUCUGGCAGAAAAACUUCAAGAGAAUUAGCUAUGCUAAGACCAAGACUAGGGCUGAAGUGCGGGGUGGUGGCCGGAAGCCCUGGCAGCAAAAAGGCAGUGGGCGUGCGAGGCAUGGCAGCAUCCGCUCCCCAAUCUGGCGAGGAGGAGGCAUUGCCCACGGCCCCCGGGGCCCCACGAGCUACUACUACAUGCUGCCCAUGAAGGUGCGAGUGCAGGGCCUCAAGGUGAUGCUGACCAUUAAACUCUUCCAGAACGACCUGCACAUCGUGGACUCCCUGGAGCUGCCAACUGCAGAUCCCCAGUACCUGACAGAACUGGCCCACUACCGCCGCUGGGGGGACUCUGUGCUCCUCGUUGACUUAACAUAUGAGGACAUGCCACAGAAUGUUGUUUCAGCCACCUCUGGGCUCAAGACUUUCAACUUGGUACCAGCUAUCGGUCUGAACGUGCACAGCAUGCUCAAGCACCAGACCCUGGUCCUGACCCUGCGCACAGUCGCCUUCUUGGAGGAGAAGCUGCUCUGGCAAGACUCACGCUACACGCCACUGUACCCUUUCCGCCUACCCUACUGUGACUUCCCCUGAGCCCGGCCCUGGGCUCCUCUGGACACGUUGGCUGCCCUUCUUCCUCCACUGCGCUCUAUGCCAAGCACCUGCUCUGAGCCAGGUCAAACCCCUGGCAGUCUUGGGAGCCUCAAGCCCACCCUUUGAGAGUGGCACUGCCUGGACCCCCUCAUCCCAGACAGGACACACAGAGUAGGUGAGCAGGUGUCACUCCCGGAAAGAGACAGUUGAGCAGAGAUUCUUACCUCAUUCUUGCCCCAGUUCUCCCUUGUUUUUAAGAUAUAUUUUUUUUUUUUAAUCAAAAGAAUCAGGAGAAACAGAACAACUCCUGGCCAUUUUGUGAAUUAUUCUAUUUGGUGACUUGGACUCAUUCCCUGUGCUGGGCACUUCUGGGUACCUCUCUACUCAAGGGGUGGCUACAGUGCUGUUUACAGAAUGAUCUUGAGCCAAUUUCCCUGGUUGACUCAGCCACAGGGCAUGCAGAGGAGUGGGCACAAGUGAUCCCUAAGGACCCCUUCCUGGCGCCUGUCUGUUCCCAGGCACUCUUGUCCUUCCUAUACAGGGUGUGUGUUCCUGCUUGUUAAGCUCCUUCAGGAGCGAUGUGCAGACCUGAAAUUGCAUCAUAAUUCCCUGUAAGCACAGUCAGAAAAGCAAAUGUGUUGGUAAAUGAGCAAACAUUUUUUAAAAACCACACCAGUAUUUUAAUUCUUGAGUUGACUGUUGUAUUUCCCCAAGUUAAUUUUCACUAGUCUUAGCACAGAGUAAGGUAAUGUGGUCAGUUUAUUUAAAGUGGCCAAGAUUGCUCGGGGAGUUUGUGGGCCCCACCAGGCCAGGCCUGGUGAUUACCCGUUGACUGGGCUGCCCCUUAAUUAAAGCAUCCUUGGAAUGCCUCUUGGGAGUGUCCUCCAAGCUCAAAACAUUCUCUGAAAUCUUCAGUGGACAUAAACUUUGAUUUAAUGAAGUAAGAAACAGCCAUUUGGAGACGGUAGUAAAGGGUACAGAGACUGAGCAGGAAAUGCGAUUUGGGCUGAUGCCAAGCCUUGACUUACUUCUCUUUGUGCCUCUCGCCAGCCUGUGGGGAUAUGGAUGCCCAGGGUAAGACCUAGUCCUGAGAAUGCCCACCUGGUCUAGAGAUUCAUAACUACAAGUAAUGGGGCCCAGCUGGCUACGUCACAGCUGUCAGCAAAUGGGUGAAACCAAUUCCUGCCCAUAUGGGUCUUUAAAAGAAAUCGGUCAGAACCUGUUCCCUUACACUGGCAUCUCUCAGCCAGACAAGAAUGGCAAUGACAUCAGAAAAAUCAUACAGCAUACAUGUAAUGAUAAAAUGCAUUUGAUUCAAUAAGAGAAACAAAAAACCACUAAUAAGCAAGUAAAAAAGAUUUGAUGUCUAGAAUGUGCUUUCAGAUAAGUUGGGGGAGAAUGGGUAAUGUGUGCAUUCACUAGAGCUGCCUUAACAAAGUACUUCACACAGGUGACUUAAACAAAAGAAAUGUAUUGUUUUACAGUUCUAGAAGCCAGCAUUCCAAGAUCAAGGUGCGGUCUGUUCCAGGCCUUCCCUUAGCUUCUUGUGGUUUCCUGGCUAUCAUUGACAUUCCUCGACUUGUAGAAGCAGCUCCCUCACCUCUGCCUUCAUCUUGCCCCAAUGUGUGUGGCUGUAUCCAAAUUUCCCCUUUUUGUAAGAGCACUCAUGUUAGAUUAGGCCCACUGUAAUGACCUCAUUUUAAUGGGUCACCUGCAAAGACCCUAUUUCCAAACAAAAUCACAUUUGCAGGUACUGGGAGUCAAGAUUUUUUCUUCCUCUUCCCUCUCCCUUCCCCUCCCUCCCCCACCCCUCUCUCUUUUUGUUCCUGCCUUCUUUUUCUUUACCUAAAGGAGCAAAAAGGGAAGUAAUGAGAUGGAACAAGAUAGGCCAUGUGAAGUGUAGAAGCUGGGUUAACCCAGAGGGAACAGGCAGGACGCCCAGUAUCAGGCUGACAAAUGGCUUAAGAAAGCUAAAAUGGGGCCUCCCCUGGUGGUGCAGGUGGUUGAAUGCAGCUCUGUGAAGCUGUCUGCAGCCUUUGCAGCACGGGUUCGAUUUCAGCCUGACUGGCGAGAUAACCAUAUGGUGCGGCAGACCUCUCCUGUCUUGCCCACUGCUCCCCUCAGCAGUGUACUUCAACCAGUCUGCCUGUUCUGUUCCCCGCUCUGUCUCUAGUGAAUCCUCUCACUCUCCGGCACAUCUGGCCUGUACCCGGUUCUUGUAGGAAUGAAUAAAGAGAUCUUUUUUAAAAAAAGAAAAAGCUAAAAUGGGGGCUCCCUGGUGGUGCAGGGGUUAAAAGACAGCUCUAUCAACCUAUCACCAACCACUGCAGCAAGAGUUGGAUCCCCAGAGACCAGGGAGCUAACCCACAUGGCGCAGCAGACUCUCCCCCACUGCUCCCCUCAGCAGUGUAUUUCAGUAUAUUUGCCUGUUCUGCUCCUCACUCUGGUGAAUCCUCUCACCGCCUCGCACCUCUGGCUUACACCCCAGUUUUUGUAUGCAUAAAUCUUUUAAAAAAAAAAAAAAAAGCUAAAAUGAGCCAAAGGGGCUGGGAUCUGACUCCAAGGAUGGAAUGAGAAGCAGAUGGCCCUGAUGGUGAAAAGCAGGCAGUGAUGUUUGCUUAUUGGUGGUGAGCAUGGAUGGCCACUGGGAGGUGCAAGGGAAGAGCCACAGUCCACAUGAAGGUGCACCCACCUUGGUAAAGGGAUCUCCAAAAAAUAGCUUCAGAGGACCACCCCCACCCAAAACAGAAAAACCACAUACCAAAUCUACAAAGAGUGCAACUUUCAUGCUCUGCUGGGUCAUACAAAGGGCAAAGCCACCAGCCAAGGAGGAACUGCCCUCUCCCGUGUCCUCUUCUGGCUAUACCUGGGCAGGAGGGGUCCAAAGACUAGUGAAAGGGGACCAACUGGAGAGGAAGAAGGUCCAUGGCAGAAGGUCUAGGCCCUUCUUCUCCACUGAGGUCUGCAGCCUGGAGAACCCUAGCUCCAUACAAUGCCAAGUCAAACUCAGAGAUUUGAACAUGGACCCGAGUCCUGGGAAAAAUUCUCAGCCAGGAGUCAGGCAAGAUUCCACCACAGAAUCUUGGAGAAGAAAAGUUGUAUAUGUUUUGUUUUUUUUUUUUUUUAA